AUGAUUUCCACGGGAACCAGUUUUCGCCUGGACAGUAAGUCUUUGCACCAGCUUCAUUUCUUGUUUAUUGUUAACCGGAAACUUCCAGGGAGGAUAGGCGAAGUGUCGGAGAGCGUCUACACUACUCUACUCGUCCUUGUCGUCGCAGUUCCGCUGAACACAUUAUCAAGGUGUACACUAUUUGUAUAUAGCAUGCGAGCACCGAAGGGUGGGGUCGAUGACGAUGUCAAUCAGUACGAAAGAUUGAUAAGAUUUGCCGGACGUCCAGCACAGGAGAAAAAGAAGAUGGAAAUGGCGAAUUUUGUCGACGAGGCCGCUGAGAGAAUGAUGACGGAUCUCGAGAAUGAGAACUGGUACCAUGGUGCUCUUCCACUGGAAGACGUAGUCUGUCUUAUUACAAUUCGUGGUGAUUUUCUACUACGUGCUCUCGAAUCAGAAGAUGGACGUGGACCGAUGCCAUGUCUAACCGUUCGUGUUGAAAAUCAUGUGAAAGACUUCCCGAUCCAUAAAAUACAACAAGCGAACGCAUAUUUGUUCACUAUCGAUGGUGUAAAUAAAGCUCCGUCGGUUAUUACUCUUGUUCAGAAACAUUUCUACGAUAGGAUCCCUGUCGCUGGCGAAGUACUGUUAUUAAAGCCUAUACCUAAACAAGCAUGGGAGUUAUCAAAGGAUAAAAUUACAUUAGAACAAAAAAUAGGUGAAGGAGCAUUUGGAGAAGUGUGGAGAGGAUCGCUAAGACAAUUUGCUAAUAUGAACAUUCCUGUGGCUGUCAAAGUGACAAAAAUGAAAGAGGAAAACAAAGUUCUGAUGCAGGAAAUGCACAGAGAAGCUCGAUUAAUGCGCCAGUACAAGCAUUUGAAUAUCGUAGCGUUUUAUGGUAUGGUAAUCGAGAAUGAUAACGUAAUGAUAGUAAUGGAAUUCGUGUCAGGAGGAGGAUUGGAUCACCAUCUCAAGAAUAGACAAGUAAGUAUCCCGGAUCGUUGCUCGUUCGCGUUCGACGUCUCUCUUGGCUUGUACUAUCUACACAACAAACGAUGCAUGCACAGGGAUCUAGCCUGCAGAAACUGUUUAAUAGACACCCAGAAAAAUAUUGUUAAAAUUUCCGAUUUUGGUUUAUCAAAACAAGCAGACAGAUAUCAGGUUCAAGCCUAUGAAAAAAUUGCUGUGAAAUGGCAAGCACCUGAAGUAAUAGCGACUCGAAUGUAUACGCGAGAAUGUGAUGUAUAUUCAUAUGGUAUACUUGUUUGGGAAAUAUUCAACAACGCAAGAAUGCCAUUUGAAGAGUAUUCAAAUAGAACAGUGCGACAACGGUUGUGUGAGCCAAGAUUUCGGCCACCUUUGACACCAGAUAUGCCGGACGAGAUUCGAAUUAUUGUGGCGGCGUGCUGGUGCGCAAAUCCAGAGUUGCGUCCGGUUAUGAAGGAUGUAGCGUGGAUUCUCAAGAAAUUCAUUAGACAUACGUAA